GUGCUGAGACUGCGUGGCCAGUGACAGCCAAAGCCGGAGGGACAGAAUCCAUGGCGGCGACGGCGGCGAGUUUGGUGGGAAGCGGACUUAGCUCCCAGCUACGGCUCGCGCGUUCCUCCAGGGCCGGCCGCCUCCACCGCAGCUGCUGUCCCCUCUCUUCUCUGCAUCCGCCAUGGCCGGGUCAGGGUGCCCCGCGCCUCGUCAGGAGCAGCGGAGGCCGGCCAUGGGAGAGCGCCGUGGCCGCAUCCGCGAAUGCCCCGCGGCAGCAGCAGCAGCAGCAGCUAGGGGAGCAUGAGGCGGCGGCGGCCAUGGAGCCGGAGAGGAGCAGUCCCCGUGAGGUGAGGGCGGAGAUGGCGAGGUGCUUCGACCUCGUGCGCCGCCUCGGCCGUGGCGCCGUCUACCUCGGCUCCUCCAGGGUGCCGGCCACCCACCCCCAUUACCUCCAGGCCGCCGAGCUCGCAAGGGAGAUAGCUAGUCUGCUGGACUGCACCACAUGGUCCGGAGCCGGUCCAGGUUUGAUGGAUGCUGCUACCCAAGGUGCUCUCGAGGCAGGCAAGCCGGUUGGCGGCUUCAAGAUUGGCAAGGAGGCCGGUGAAUGGACAACCUCCAACUUCCACCCUUAUCUGCCAUCAGAAUCCUAUCUCACCUGCAGGUUCUUCUCUGCGAGGAAGCAUGGCUUAGUCGAUGCCGCGAUGCGGAACUGCCCUACUGAUAGAACUGCUGUGAUUGCAUUGCCCGGUGGGAUAGGGACCAUGGACGAGCUUUUUGAGAUGAUGACGCUGAUUCAACUGGAGAGGAUCGGUUCCACGCUUCCAGUCCCUUUCUUGCUUCUCAACUAUGAUUCUUACUACUCCAAGCUUCUUGAGUUUCUGAAUGACUGCGAGGAGUGGGGCACCGUUGCACCAGGAGAAGUGGCAUCACUUUGGAAGGUUUGCAAUGGGAACCAUGAAGCUUUGGAGUACCUGGCACAUUUCUACAAUGUACCUGUUGCUGAAAGAAAUUAUUGCGUAUCGCCUCGGUUGAAUCAGCAGAGAACUUCACACACCGCAAGUUGACGAAGACAUCUUUGGGUGAAUUUGUUCAUUAGGACUUUUCACUCCAUUAUCUGCAGUGCCCCCCAAUUAUCUAUACUACUUUAAAUGUCUCUAAUGAUGGUGGCACCCCAUUACUUUCUAUGGUUAUUUUGCAAAUUAGCCCAUGGUAUUUCUUGAUAUUAUAGAAUAGUUCAUAUUUAGCUCAAACAAAUGAUAUUAGUAUAGUUGAUAAAAAAAUCCUAUAACAUUUUGUAAUACAUUUUCAUAGCAAAGCAUGGAUAUUUUGCUAGUUGAGAUAAACUUAUACAGGCCAAUUUCAGUCCGAUGAGGGAUGCAAUAAAAAGUUACACUGUUGCUCAGUGAAU